AAUAUGAGUGUUUUAUCAUCAACCUGUGCAAUUUGUUGUAAAGUGUGCUCAGAGAAAUACCAUAGAUUGUAUCUUCAAUACAGAGCAAAUACAGUUUCUAUUAAAGCUAAUAGACAACUUCACCCCCCCCCCCCCAAUAUCUUCAACUGUUUGACUUCUUUUCGAUUAAAAGCAGCAACAGCUCUGCCUGCUAUAACUCCCCCUAUGCUCUCACAUGCGCUGGUAUACUUUUUUGACCUGUAGGUUAGCAGAGCUCACGUUUUGGCAUUAUCUUACAUUCAACAUAAUCUCAUAGAUGUUUUGCUAAGCUGGAGACCAACAGCAAAUGUCUCAAUGGCUGUGCUCAACGUUCAUUGAUGUCAUUUGAGUGUCCCAGCGCGCUGCUUGCAUACACAAUCCACUUCUGAUCCAGUCUAAUUAUCAGCACGUUCGCAUUGGGAUCAGAUUUGGCGUGGUUUGACGGCAAAGGGAAUGUAACACCAGAAGGCAGCGCUGUCAUAAUCCUUGCAAAUUCCAAAUGCCUAAAUCCCCAUUUACGUUGGUGACUUAGCUAUGUUGUCAUACCAUUGAGAGCUGACAACCGAUAAAUACAGCAUCAAGAGCCACAGCAUGUCAGACCUACAGAGAGCGAAUCUAAAGAAACAGAUACCUGAAAAACGCCAGUGCAAAACAACUAAACAGCCGACUGAAUCGUUCUAAAUAACUGGUGGUGAGAGAGACAGAGCUUGCUUGCUGUUGAAAACUUUGCAACAGAUAUGGAGCAAAGUUAUUCACGAAGGUCUUCGAUGACUUUCUUUCUCAAAGAUGGUAAACUGGUUCACCACAGUGAAAAGUCAAUGGAUCCAGGACAAUGCCAUCUGUCCAAGGGCCGCUCUCGGCGGCUAACGUCACGGAGGCGGUCAAACAGUGUGAGCAUGUGUGUCUUACCAAGUAUCCCAGAAUAUCCAGGCUUCCAGGAUAUUAAGAGGCAUUAUACCAGAGGCAACUCUGUGCUUCAGGAUCUGGGAAGAACAAGACUGGAAAACUCUUCAAGUACAAGAGUGAUAAGCCUAAACAGAAACUUGGGCCACCAAACAGAUCGCUUUGCUAAAGGGCACUGCAAAAAGAGCUUUUUUUAUGACACAACUUUGCAAGACCACUACAAUGACAGGCUCAUGGAGUUUAGAAGUUACAGCACCAAAAAGUCAAAUGGAAAAGGAAACGAGAACCAGAAACCCAGUUUCACCAGCCAGGGACUAAGGCGGAGAAACAGCUGUGGGGCCAGGUUGCAAGAUAUCCUCAGGAGGUUGUCUGAAGACUCCUGCGAUUCAGACCAGAUCGCCGAAAGCAUGCCAACUUGUUCAGAGGAUGAAAGCACCAAUCCGGAAAGCUGUAAGAAGACCUAUUUGGAAAGUUUGACUCUGAGCAUCAAUGCUCCCCUGGAAAUGCUUGUGUGGAGGGAAUAACUACACACUUUCACAGACAUUAAUCAACUAAUUCUUCAGAAAGAAGAAUUGAUACCCAGUAACCUUUGUUAAUAUUCAGGAGGCAUACCUAAAUAUGACAUUUCUCAUGGUGCGUGAUACACAAGAUGCUUAGAUAAUGCAUGGCAGUACUGUCUGCUAUGAUCAAUAUUCAACUACACUCUGAAACUAUACAUGCAAGGAUUUCAGUGUUGGUUGUAUUCUGUCCAGAUUUCUUAGAUGGCAGCUGUAUUUCUCAUUCUAAACUCUUAUUUGAAUAACUUGAUCUCACUAUUUUGAGUAGUUCAAAUAACUGUAUUUCUCAUUUACCGUAUGAGUUUAUAUUUGUUUUUAUAGAUGUGUUUUCCUUGGUGCUAUCAGUCGGAAAUAAACUCUGAAACAUGUAUUAGACACUUAAGAAGUUUUUCAAAUGGCAAGCCUUGGCACAACAUUGCAAUUUGCAUUCUGAAUAUGAUUUCCUUUAAGCCCAGAAUUACAAAUGUAGAUUUUUCAAACCUUAGAUAUUUCAGGCUUUAGGCUUCACACCAGUGGUUCUCAACCUGGGGUCCCCAGAUGUUUUUGGCCUUCAACUCCCAGAAAUCCUAGCAGCUGGUAAACUGGCUGUGAUUUCUGGGAGUUGUAGGCCAAAAACAUCUGGGGACCCCAGGUUGAGAACCACUGCUUUACACCCUAAUAUCAAACUAAGCAGGGCCAGGUUUGGUUAGUACUUGGAAAAAAGUACCAUAGAUAGCCAGUUACCAUGUGGGAAGAUUCUUGCCUGAAAUCCUAGAGGACUAGUCAGAGUUGACAGUACUAUGUACCAUGGACCAAUGGGCUGAAUAAAUAUAAGGUAGCUACUAGCUUCUUAUGUUUUCAUGAUAUAGCAUACAUUGUAAGCUAUUGUAUAUGAACUGGCAUUAGUUGGAUGCUGUCAGUACAAUAUAGUACAACUGCAUGUUAGUUAUCAAACCUGUGCUUUACCCUACUCCCAGUGUUAUCUCUGAGUGCACCCUUUACCUUCUGCCGCAUAAUUGAAAAGCUGCAAUUCACUUCCUGUGGAGCAAAAUAAAUGCCUUUAAAAAAAAAAAACAA